UAGUAAUAGAAUGCUCACUUGUACUGUUAGUAUUGUUAAUUCACCAAAAACCUUAUUUUCGAUUCUUCGGAUAGUUAAAAUCGAAAAAAAUGAAUUCAAAGUACUUGAUAUUAUUUAUAUGUUUCGUGCAGGUGUUGCAUUAUUACUGUGCGGAUGGUAAAUCGGUGAUAUCAAACGCAGUUUCGUCGUUUAUUCCAUCAAAAAAUAACGUGUUUCCAGAUUGUUAUUUUGGCGUUGACACGAUUUCGUUUAUUCUCUACACACAAAACAACCGCGAAGGUUCUUUUCUUUCGCUAGAUAAUCUAACGAAUAACAAAGUAUAUCUAAAAUCUGUACUAUCAGAUAAAAUUGUAUUCCUUAUACAUGGUUUCCUUUCAUCUGCAAAUAAUACAAAUUACAAGGAUAUGUCCGAUAUCAUAGUAAAGAAAAAUAUAACCGUAUUCUCGAUCGAUUGGAAGAAGGGUGCUUGUAAUGGUGGAGCUUCACUUCUCGAGUACGCUGGUUAUUUCAAGGCUGUUGAAAAUACACGUGAAGUUGGACGAUAUGUCGCUAAUUUUACUAAGAUACUCGUAGAAGAAUAUAAAAUACCGCUUGCAAAUAUACUAUUGAUUGGGCACAGUUUGGGCGCACAAGUUGCAGGUUUUGCAGGGAAAGAACUUCAAAAAUUAAUAGGAAAAUAUUUUCAAAUUAUCGGGCUCGAUCCUGCUGGGCCAUUUUUCAGUUUGAAUAGUUGUUCGCAAAGAAUCUGUGAGACAGAUGCAUAUUAUGUUCAAAUUAUACAUACAUCAGUCCCAUUAGGGACAGAGAGAACUCUUGGUACAAUUGAUUUCUAUAUGAAUAAUGGAAUUUUUCAACCCGGUUGCAAUGUUGUCGAUGCAUCCUGCUCUCAUACGAAAGCUGUACUAUACUUUACCGAAUGCAUAAAACGUGAAUGUUGUUUAAUUGGAAUACCGUGGAAAGAUCGCUCACAAUCUAUUUCGACCUGCACAAAGGACAAGUGCGUUUGUGUUGGAUUAAAUGCAAAUAAUUAUCCUGGUAGAGGCAAAUUUUAUGUACCAACUAAACGCGAUGCUCCUUAUUGCAAUAACAAUGGCACAGUACUUUAAUUUUAAAAAAUGUUACUAUAAAAUUAUAUACAUCUAUUAUUGAAGAAUAAAUAAAUAAAUAUUAAUAAAAUUUC